AUGAUAUCAAUCAUCUCUGAGCCUGUGCUCAAUACGGCCCGCUUACUCAACGAGCGCGACCUCCAGCUCGCACGGCAGGGCCUCGACAAAGAGAACUCUAGGCCAGACGAGGAAUACUGGAGAGAGACUAAGGACAUCGAAGGUCUCAAGGGAAGAACCCGCGAGCUGGAGGCGCGAUGCGUCAUUAGCGCGGCCAAACAGUAUGCCUCAGUCGAGAAAGACGCGGCAAGAGGGGUUAAGCCCUGGGAUCUGUCAGAUUUGGCAAAUCCCACGAAGGAUGGUGGACCAUUCACCUUCCAGCACAUCGCCUGGGAUCGCUUGAGCCACUUAAUAGACACGGAAGUCCAAGACAUGGAUCGCGAAAAGCAGGCUGCUGUCAAGGCUGGCGUCCUGGACAUGUACAAAGGGAAUUCUAAGACCGGCUACAAGGCACUGCCAGCGGCUUCCAAGAAGCGAAAGAGUUGUAAUGGUCCGGAUGCUGUCGAAGUUGAACACGCUCAAGCUGAGCUGGACAAGAAAGAUCGCUACAGCCAAGGGAUUAUGUCCGAGAUUAGACCCCAUUAUUGUGCUCCGGAAGUGGUCAAACGGCAGGCGAAAGCCUACAUGGUUUCUGAGAAGAUAUCGACGGCAGAGUUCUGUGACAGGGUCAACAUUGGGGAAGAUGAGUACCAGUCCUUCUUCAAUAUGAAGAAGAAGAAAGAAUAG